UGAACAUGUUCCAUCACCUUUCCCCUUUACUGUACCUUUUUCCUCUCGUCUUCGUCGUCCUCCUCGUGCUUCUCUCUGUGAACAAGCCAAGACAACCAACCAUGGGUCGCAUGCACGCACCUGGCAAGGGUAUCUCCCGCUCUUCCCGCCCCUUUGUCCGCACAGCCCCCUCCUGGCUGAAGAACCUGUACUCUGCUGACGAUGUCAAGGAGAGCAUUGUGAAGCUUGCGCGCAAGGGUCACACCCCCUCCAAGAUUGGUGUGAUUCUUCGUGAUAGCCGUGGCAUCUCGUCCACCAAGGCCAUCACCGGCACCAAGGUGCUCCGCAUCCUCAAGGCCGCCGGCCUUGCCCCCGAGAUCCCGGAGGACCUGUACUGCCUCAUCAAGAAGGCCGUCGCCAUGCGCAAGCACCUGCAGGAGAACCGCAACGACAAGGACUGCAAGUUCCGCCUCAUUCUCGUUGAGAGCCGUAUCCACCGCCUCAGCCGCUACUACCGCACCAAGGGCGUCGUUGCCCCCAACUUCAAGUACGAGAGCGCCACCGCCAGCGCCCUCGUCGCGUAAACGCACCCAUCUCCC